UUUUCAUGGAUAUAUAUAUUUUUUUAAAUGGAAUACAGGAGAGGGAUCUACUUGACAUCUAUCCUUAGAAAUAUUGGCAGUUUUUCUUAAAUAAUCCAGUUCCUCAUCUGUUCCUUUUUCAUUUUGUAUACUGCAAGUUCCCAAGCAACUCAAAUUUGCAAACACAGCUAUGGAUACACUAUUACAGUAGUUAGGAGGGAAUCUGGGUCUCUGUUUUUUGUUAUUUUCCCCUCCCCUCCAUUUUUUAAUCGUAUAUAACUAGCAACAUUUAUGGCUAGAGUUUGAUUUACAAGUUUCUAAGUCUGUAGCCUCUAGUUUGAAGCAAGAAAAGAAUGAGUAGUCAGGAACUGGUCACUUUGAACGUCGGAGGGAAGAUAUUCACAACAAGGUUUUCUACCAUUAAGCAGUUUCCUGCUUCUCGGUUGACACGAAUGAUAGAUGGCAGAGACCAAGAAUUCAAGAUGAUUGGUGGCCAGAUUUUUGUGGACAGAGAUGGUGUUCUAUUUAGUUUCAUCUUAGAUUUUUUGAGAACUCACCAGCUUUUACUACCCACCGACUUUUCAGACCAUCUUAGGCUUCAGAGAGAGGCUCUUUUCUAUGAACUGGAUCCUCUGGUUGAUCUCUUAAACCAAGAACACCUGCUGCAGCCAAGACCUGCUCUUGUGGAAGUGCAUUUCCUAAGCCGAAAUACUCAAGCUUUUUUCAGGGUGUUUGGCUCUUGCAGCAAAACAAUUGAGAUGCUAACUGGGAGGAUUACAGUGUUUAUAGAGCAACCUUCAGCACUGACCUGGAGUAGUAACUCUUUCCCUCCUCAGAUGACCUUACUUCCACUGCCUCCACAAAGACCUUCUUACCAUGACCUGGUUUUCCAGUGUGGCUCUGACAGCACUACUGAUAACCAAAUUGGAGUCAGGUAUGUUUCUAUAAAACCUGAUAACCGAAAAUUGGCCAACGGAACUAAUGUCCUCGGGAUACUAAUCGACACCUUAUUAAUGGAAGGCUUCCACCUAGUCAGCACUAGAACAUUACUCUCUGAAGACAAAAGUGAAUGCUAUAGCUUUGAAAGGAUAAAAAGGCCUGAAGCUCUCACCAUGAACAAAACACUGAAACCAGAGACUACCAUCAUGUCAGAGCAAUCUCAGAAAAAGAAAUGAGGUUCCUGUUCCCUUUUAGAGGAAAGAGAAAUUGCCAUUUUCUUGUUUGGAAAUUCCAUAUUUAUGGCAUGUAUGUUAGUCAUAUAUGUACUCAUUUUAACUUCUGGCCUUGUCUCCCAGCACACCGUCUCUGGCAACCAUACCUCACCGGUGCUUAAGCCACACUAACUGCUUGCUGCUCUCUCAAUAACACUGUGCACUUGGUGCUUUGGCACAUGUUCCUUCUACCUUCAAUGCCUCUUUCCCUUUCUUUUCUUCAUGAACACUUA